CUCACGAAAACGAAACCCACCCAACGGCAGUUCUUCUCCCUACUCUUCUCUCUGCGUGCGCGAUUCGGAAUCCAACUGUUACAGCUUCGUUCCCGUGGCGGAAAGCAAGAAAACCGAAGCUGCAAGUUGUUUGCAUCCCUCCCCUUACUUCUACUCCACUCUUUCUCCUCUCCGCUCCAAUCAGUAGGCGAAACCCUCGGAAAAGACUUCAAUUUUGUGUGCCCUUGGCGCUCUGUGCGCAGGCGUUAUAUUACUCUUCCAAAAAUCUGCUCUUCUGGGAGGUCCGAGUCAUACUUGAUUGUCCAUGGCAAUUUCGGGCUGUGAAUGUUAGCGACUGUAGUUGCAACGCUGGGGCCUCUUAUCACGGAUCACUCAAGCCAGAGGCUUCGCUACUGUAGCACUUUUAAUGGGGCUGCUUUCCUCUGUAUUAUCUUCAUCAUCGGAACUGCCUAUAUUGCAACUGACUCUAAGGAGAAAAUGAUAGGUGAGUCACCAACUCGCUUUGCAAACAUCACUCAAGGCAUCUUGAGAACAAACACAACCUACUUGGAGUCAACUCAGUCUGAUUCGUGCAAGAGUCCUUGUAAAUCAUCAGGAGCUGAAUCACUGCCCAAAGGAAUUAUUAGUCGGAUAUCAGACAUGGAAAUGGUGCCUCUUUGGGGUGCUCCAGAAGAAAAGAAAGAUAUUAGUUCACAGAAGAGUUUAUUGGCGAUGGCAGUUGGUAUAAAGCAAAAACAAACUGUGGAUCAAAUAGUAAUGAAGUUUGCCUUGAGUAACUACACGAUAAUGCUUUUUCAUUAUGAUGGUAUUGUGGAUAAAUGGAAAGAUCUACAAUGGAGUGACAGUGUUUUGCAUGUUUCUGCAAUCAAUCAAACAAAAUGGUGGUUUGCAAAACGCUUCUUACAUCCAGACAUCGUUGCACCAUACAAGUACAUCUUCUUAUGGGAUGAGGACCUUGGAGUGGAAAAUUUUCAUCCUGAAAGCUAUUUGACAAUUGUGGAAAAGGAAGGUUUGGAGAUAUCACAACCUGCUCUUGACCCUACAAAAUCAUCUAGGGUUCAUCACCGAAUUACUGCACGUCAGAGCCAUGGAGAUGUACACAGAAGAAUCUUCAAGUUUAAUGGUGGUGGAAGAUGCUACAGGAACAGUACUGCCCCACCUUGUACUGGGUGGAUAGAAAUGAUGGCUCCUGUUUUUUCAAGGGCUGCUUGGCGUUGCGUGUGGCAUAUGAUACAAGGUGACUUGAUUCAUGCAUGGGGUCUUGAUUUGAAACUUGGUUAUUGUGUUAAGGGUGACAGGAUCAAAAAUAUUGGAGUGGUGGAUAGUGAAUACAUAGUUCACAAAGCAUUCCCCACGCUUGGUGGGUUUGACGAGCAAAAGAAAUCUCCUCAUAAACCUACAGCUAACGACAGAUUUGCAGUGAGACUAAGAUCAUCCAUCGAAUUGGAGAUCUUUAAAACGCGAUGGCAAGAAGCUGUAACAGAAGAUAAUUGUUGGACAGAUCCAUAUCCUGAUUGAACCUACCAAACCAAGGAUAUAGAAGUUAGUUUUCGUGUCUUCACUUGGUUCCUAGAAUAAAUGAUAGAAGAGAGUGUCACACGAUUCACUUACAGAGUAGCUUGAAGUAGAACAGGCAUCAGCAUAGGAGUUUACCAGCAAACUUAUACUUCAGUCUUGAUAAGUUUUUCUGUCACUUUUUUUUUUUCCAAUUAUUGUUGAGUGAAUCUACAUCUAUGGCACGGUUUAUUGCCCUAUCCUUGUGCUUUAAUUAUCUGAUACAACAUUUGUGACACUGUAAAAUUCUUUAUUUCAGCUACAUGAUAAUCGAAAUACAGUAACAGAAA